AUGCGGCCGCCGCAGGCGGGCACCUUGGAAAUUCGCGAGGGCCUUUUGGCCCCCUACUUUACUGUGGGCUCCACGAAGUACAUACUACGGAUACCUGUAGGUGGAGGUCACAUUGACAAUCUGACAAUUGCGCUCGAGAAGCAGGCCACUGUCAAGGGUUGUAUGCGGGGUGGUUCGGGGUUGUUGAUGAGCUUCGUGCCGCCAAAGCCCGGGGAAUCCCGACUACGGACAGUGUCGACACGCGAUGGCGCUUCCGUCUCAACACCAUUUACUCUAAAAGAGAAGAUGAACAAGAUGAGGCUGGGAGAUCGUGGCGUGACGACAUGCACAGACUUUUUCAUCGAGCACAUCCGUACAUAUGCGCUGCAGAUUCCAGUCACAAGCGAAAGGAACCACCCCCAAAAUAAGACAACUCCACUCAAUCCUUUCCGGCUCAAGUUGAAACUUGACGAAGAAAGGGUAUAUGAUUGCAACUCCACCAAUAGAUAUUGUAUCAGGGAAUCGGGAAGUGAAAAAGUGCUCCUGGGUAAACUGGAGAAGCGUCACAGUGUUUGUGGUUAUGUGCCGCUCAACCCCUUGUCGCCUCUAAGCAAAGCCUUACAUGGCAUCAAAGUACUUCCAAGGAUCAAUAUUGAGACCAUUGGGCGAAGCCCCGUGGACCCUCAAUUAGGCAUUCCGGAAACCGCAAAUCUCAUCAUACGAGUUUGCAAUUGCAACUCGGCAAUUCCUUGCUGUGGCGUGUUCUCUACUCCACUGGACGAGCUAGAGGACUGCAAACUCAGAGUCACCUCCAACCGCCGCCUCCAUCGCAGCCUGGGGGGUUCUGUCCGCAUGCUCAGGUUUCCCGCCUGCCUUGCUCCAGCCUCUCCAGCGUACCUGUCUCCACGAGAUCCUCAAUCACCACUCUGCAAAGCUACGGAGUACUGCUUGAGACCUUCACGUACUUCUAGAAGACCCCCGGAGCUCCUCGUUACUUCGGUUUGCUCGGCAGCUCACGGGCGGUGUCCCACUGGAGAGGCUUCGAGUCACCCUCAGGGUCCAGUUGAUACCCCUACCGGUGUCUCCCUAGUGCCUCUACCAUUGGCGCUGUUCCUUGGAUUAACCAUUAACGGCGCCCAGUGUCUUCCUCUAUGGGCCCCCCACCCUUGA